UACUAGAAAAUCUAAAACUCAUCUCUCGAUCUUUGUCUACUGGUUUCACGAUCUUUGUUGCCAAAAAGAGAAGGGCCUCUCGAGACAAGUGUAGUGUCAGGAUUACAAAGAGACUACACCAACUUCCUCUUCUCGACACGACCCUCCGUCAUGUCUAGGACAGCUAUGUGUCCUUCUUGCCACGUUUCAUCACUCUCUUCCACUAUAUAUACACACUUAGACAUCCCUCAUGUUUUUGCCUUAUCCACUCCAGAGAGCCAAAGGUAACAAUGGUUGGUGCAAAUAAGAAACAACGAACGGUCCAAGCUAGUUCGAGGAAAGGCUGCAUGAGAGGAAAAGGUGGACCCGAUAACGCAUCUUGCACUUACAAAGGCGUUAGACAACGCACUUGGGGCAAAUGGGUCGCUGAGAUCCGUGAGCCUAACCGAGGAGCUCGUCUUUGGCUUGGUACUUUCGACACCGCCCGCGAGGCUGCCUUGGCUUAUGACUCCGCGGCUCGUAAGCUCUAUGGGUCCGAGGCUCACCUCAACCUCCCUGAGUCCUUAAGAAUUUACCCGGAAACAGUGUUGCCUGGGACACAAGUAUCCCAUACGCCAAGCAGCAACACCGGUGGAAAAAGCAGCGACUCUAUCAACGAGUCGUCGCCUAGUUCAUCCAACGAGAUGUCAUCGUGGGGAACAACAGAGGAGAUAUCAUGGGGACAUAUGAACGCUGAUUUGCCUGUGACCGAUGAUUCUUCUAUAUGGGAAGAAGCUACAAUGUCGUUGGGGUUUCCAUGGGUUCAUGAAGGAGAUGAUAUUUCUCCGUUUACUACUUGUAUUAAUGGUGGCUAUUCUAAUUGGGAAUCCUUUCAUUCGCCACUUUAA